ACUGCCCCCUCUGCCCCAACAGGAUCCACCACCCCUGCGGCCCCCACCAGCUGCAAGAAGAGCCGUAAGAAGAAGAAGGCUGAGGCCAGGGCAGCUGCUCCGGAGGGAGGGGAUGAGGCGGCGGGGCGGGUGGAUGCGAUCGAGGGCCUCACACGAGCCGGACAUCGGGCGCUGGCCCUGGGCGCCGGGCGGGAGGCAGUGGGGUGCUUCAGGAAGGCCCUGCUCCUCUCCAGGGACGCACUGAGCCCCCAGCUCCACAGGGCUUGUGCUUUUAACCUGGGGGCUGCCUAUGUGGAGACUGGGAAGCCCAAAAAGGCCUUUGAGUUCCUCCUCCAGUCCCAGCCCUCAGAGGCGGAGAGCAGGGACCGCUUGGGGAGCCUUUAUUUCAGCGUCGGGGCGGCACAUGAAGGCCUCCAGGAUUUUCCAAAGGCUCUGGAGCGUUUUGAGAAAGUCUCCGGCCACGCCGGUGCCGCGCAGGCUGGCAGCCGAGCGGGGACCUGCGUGCAGAUGGGCUGCUGCUACCUGGGGAUGCGCGAGCCGGCCCGGGCCGCGCGGUGCUUCCUGGAGGCGGCACGGGCCUACGCGGCGGCCGAGAGCCCCGAGGCCGCGGCCGUGGCUCUGAGCCGGGCGAGCGGCUCCAUGCUGCAGAGCCGGCGGUUCCGGGCGGCGGAGAUCGCCGGGGUCCUCGCCCGGUGCCGCUCACUCUGCGAGGCCAUCCCCGACCUGGCCCUGCGAGGGAAACUCUACAACGACAUCGGCCUCGGCUACUCGCAGCUCCACAUCUUCUCCCUGGCUGCCGAGAGCUUCGAGCGGGCCUUGGGGCUGUGUGGUGCGGAGCCGCAGCGGGACCGGCACCGGGAGGCCGCGCUGCUGCAGAACCUGGGCGCUGCCCACAACGCCCAGCGCAGCUUCGGCGCCGCGCUGGGCUGGCACCGGCGCGCGGCCGCGCUCCACGGCGCUCUGGGGAACCGCAGGGCUCAGGGGCAGAGCUUUGGGAACCUGGCGUACGCCUGCAGCCGGCUCGGGAACCACGGGGCAGCCGCGGAGAGCUACCUGCACGCCCUGCAAGCCUUCCGGGACUCGGGGGAUUUGCAGGGGCAGUGGCAAGCGUGCGAGGGGCUGGGCGCAGCGUGCUUCCACCUGGGAGACCCCCAGAAAGCCAUCGGGCACUAUCAGGAGGCUCUGAUUUUGCUUUCCCGCUGUCAGGACAGCCCCAGAGCUGCCCACAAACGGGUCGUGCACAAGCUCACAGAUGCCAUCCAGCACCGACUCCACCUCAGCCACCUCUCCUCCCACGGGGCUUGGGCACCCACCCCAGCCCAGGAGCCCAGCCAGCUGCGGUUUUGCUCCACGCUGCCCCGUGCCAGUAGGACACAGCUCCAGGGGAGCGAGGUGGGGAAAGCCCAGGCUGAGGACGAGCUGUAUUGGCGUAUGCCAGGAGCACAUCCUGGGUAUUCAGGCACAAGAGUGGCCCUGACUGGUGGUCUCGCACUGGAGUCCUGCAACCCAAGUGGCCUCCUGGGCAGCUCUGGGGAGGAUGAUGAUGGUCCCAGCUCAGCUCCAGGGUAUCACAGUGAGCCCCAGGCUAACAGCACGAGGAUCACGAGCCCCCUGCCCCUGGCCAAGCCACCCCAUGCGGGCCUCCAGCUCCACAAGUACCACAGACAACCAGAACAUCGCUUCUCCAGUGAGCCCAGGCCGGGGGGUCUCGCACCGCAUUCCACGGGGCAUCAAAACCGCCAAACCCUCCCUCCGAGGCCUCCGGAGAGCCUUGACGACGACCCCACUGCCACUGCUGCCGGCUGCUGGCCCCGCCGGGGACCUCGCACGGGGACCGGGACUCUGUCCCUCGUCUGCAGCCUCGUGUGACCAGGAGGACACCGGGGAAACGCCGUUUCUGGGGGGGCCUCGGAGGCUGGGGGGGGGGGGUGGGCCGUUGAGCCAACACGGUUUUAACCCCUGUGAAAAAUGCAUAUUUUAUGAUUGGCUUUUCGCAAAUGUUGCAAUGAAUAUUAUAUGUGUAAUGUUGGAAAGUUACGCUGUAUUAAUUCUCUCAAGAAGUGUGUUAAAUGUAUUUUUAAGUUAUAACGCAAUGUUAAGAUAGAAACUAUACUAUGUAAGAUACUUUUUAACUAGCUCAAGAAAGAGAUGAGAUAAUCAAGAAAUUCUUUGCACAGAGAUGACAGGGACGGGGCCCAUAAAGAGUUACAGCCUCCUUAUCAGAAAAAACAAACAUUCUUCCACCUUCUCUCCGUCUUUAUGGAACCACCAGGAUUAAGGAGAAGAAGUUGACAAAAACCACAAAAAAUUUGCAAGGAAUUUAUGCAUCAUGUAUGAGAUGUAUGAAUAUGCAACAGGCUAUUGCUUUUAAGGUUAUUCCUUUGUUCACCAGGCAUGCUUGUCGUGGCUUAAGUGCCCGAGAGCAUCCGGACAUCCGUAAUUCUUUGCUUUUUACUGUCUUGUAAUUGUCCUAACUCUAAAUUUUUAUUACUCUAACCGUAUUACUAUUUUUAUA